GGAGCCGCCGCCGCCACCUCCUCCCCGUCCCUGCGCGGCGGCUCCUCCUCCUGCCGUGCUCUCCCAUUCUGCUCUCCUCCUCUCUUGCCUUUGCCGCCUCCUCCCGGCGGAGAGCGGCCCCCCGGCCGUGAGGGGCGCGGCCCACGCCCGGGGAGGGCCGCCCUGCUGAGCCGGGGGUGCCCAGUGCAAGCCCCAGCAGGUGGGGUCUGGGCUGGGUCAGCUGCCCGCAAGGUGCGCUCUGUAGGAAGUUUUCCUCCGCAGAGCUUAGCUCGUUCCCCGCCGCUGCAAGGAGUGGUGGUGGGAAUUACGGAAGUGAAGCGGCCGCAGAAGUCGAAUCCCCAAUAUUUCACGGUUUCACAGCCGUUAUUUUUGUACGCAUACUCACCCUUGUGCCUGUGGGACUCCGUUCGUGGGAGCGCUCUCGGUGCGCAGGAGCAGCCGGGUGUCGGGAACCCGCGGGGCUUAUCCGCAGCCACACCCGCACAUGUGCUGUGCUCCUCACAGCCUCCGCAGUUUGGGUUUGUUGCUUUCAUUUACCCCAUUUUCUAAAGCGGUAUUUUUUACAAAUUCUGUAAAUAACUUUUAAAAAAAAAAAAAAUCAAUAACUGGCCAGAACUAUAUCCCUUCCUUUGUUAAAACUACGAAACAAAAAAACCUACCCCCAAAAACUGCAAAUAACUUGCACCUGUAUCAAAGAAGAGGCAAUGGCAAGUGUAUCUUGGCUGUAUUUGUAGUUCUGCAAAGAAGGGGCACACUGGAGGGGAGGAGAGGCUGUGCUGUUGUUGGGCCACCUUGCAGAGUUUCCAGAAGUAAAAGUAGGACUGGCCAAGUUGGGGUAGCCCUUGGAACCUGCUUGAAAUCUUGCGUCUCUUCCCGUCUUCCACAGAAUUUCCAAAACUUGCAUGGUUUUGAAUUGAGCAGAAGACUGGAAAUCGGAAUAAUCUUCACUUUUAUUUGAAUAAGAAGUAAUAAUGGAACGAAGGCAGAGAGGAGUCAGUGCUGGACUGCUUUUGCUGCUUUAUCAAAUUUCUCAAGUUGGACUCCAGAACAUUCCUUGUGUUACUCUUGGGGUACUUGUACUGAAUAUUUUUCUCUUUCUGAAUCCUGUGAGGCCACUGUCUGAAGUGUGUCUCAGUGUAAAUGAAGCUGUCCACAGAAAGAACUGGCAGCGUUUGCUGCUUGCUCCUUUCCACCAUGCAGAUGAUUGGCAUUUGUAUUAUAACAUGAUUUCCAUGCUUUGGAAGGGCAUAAUGCUGGAAAGAAAGCUUAAGAGCAUAUGGUUUGCCUACAUAAUUGCAGUAUUUUCAGUACUGAUUGGAGUAGUUUAUAUGGUGCUGGAACUCCUGCUUGUGGUAAUUCUGGAUGAUCCUUCCUAUGAAAUGAAUUGUGGAGUAGGUUUUUCAGGAGUCUUAUUUGCUUUGAAAGUUCUAAACAACCAUUAUAAUCCAGGAAGAGUUAGCAGUGUCUUUGGAUUGCCGAUAUCCAGUAAAUAUGCUUGUUGGGUGGAGCUGGUGGCUAUUCACUUAAUCUCCCCAGGGACUUCUUUUGCUGGGCAUCUGGCUGGGAUUCUUGUUGGAUUGAUGUACACUAUGGGACCUCUGAAAAAGAUCAUGCAAGCCUGUGCAGCUGGCAUUUCUUUCUUCACUGAGCCUGACAGGCCAAGGGACUAUUACUCAGAGUAUUAUGGCUAUUAUCCAGAUUAUCAAUACAGAGCUCCAAGGAGCUACUUUGAUUAUACAGGUGGGCUUACUGAAGAAGAACAGCUUGAAAGAGCAGUGCUAAACAGUCUUAAUGAAAGAGAUUUUGGUGGAGGAACACACAAUAAUGAGCGGCGACCUUAUGGGUUUUGGUUCCCACCUGAGCACUCAGAAGAGGACAUAAGAAGGCAAAGGCUUCGUAGGUUUGACAGACGAUGAAGUUGGCAGGUGGCGAUGUAAAUUGUGAAGUGCAAUUCAGACUUACCAAAUAUUUACAGAUUUAUUUGUAUUCUGUAAUUUACAGAAUAAUUUAUAAUCAUUCUUCCAUUAUUUUUACUACUUUUUGCAGAACUGCAGAAGAUUUUGUGAGUUCAGUCUCAAAGUUGGAACUUGAAUACGAAAUGUGAGAUAAGAAUCAAAAUAUGAUCUUUGGCUGUCUCCAUCUUAAUGCACCUUAAAUGGAAGAAGACUGAUGGUUUUACCAAACUGUCUUUUUUUCCUUAAAUUAUUUUGUAUAGCUUUAAGAAUUCCUUGGCUUCUUGACUGCUGAUGUUCUCAGACAACAGGUUUUCUUCAUCCAUUGCAGCAGAAAUGUUGCAUUUUCUAUGUAACUUUAAAACUAUGCAAUUGUUCUUUACAAACCUUUCUCAGUUGUCUAUGAUGACCAGCUCGUUUUUUGGGAUUGCCAUGUGAAAUACACUUGAAAAGUUUGCUUUGAUGACAGUGGCUGGGUCAUGUGAGUCUAGGCUUAAGCUUUUGAGCAGUCUUCCAAACUGUGUGACAAAUAGUUGCAGCUAUCCUUCCCCUGCUGUCCCUACCAAAGAAUUAUUUAAUACAAACAUCAGUGUUGCAGUCAUCCUCACACCAUAUUAUCCAGAGCUUGGAUGUGAUAAAACUGGGUUGUAACUACUUAUGAUUUCCUAAAGCCUUCUUAAUAUUUAUGUUUUAAAUCAAAAACUGCUGCCCUUUAAAGAGCUGAAAUAAUUUGUGGGGAGUUUUGUGUAAAGGUAGCUGGCUGUGCCAUACCAAGUAUAUAUUUAUUUAGUAAUAUACUUUUUUAAAGCAUCUAUUUCCCUUUCUAAGAAGGUUUGGAAAUUUUAUUUUGUAUAUGCUGUUCAUGCCGCUUUAAAUAUUCCACUAUUUCUUAAGAUUUAUCUUGUUUGAAGACCAGUAUCAGAUCUGACAGUGUGUAGACUUGUGGAGAUCUUGCCUAAAUACAGGCUACCUUGAAUUCUUCAUUUUCUAGAAUUCCCUUACCCAACCAGAAGAGUUGAGAGGAGACCUGAGAGCUCAGUUGUCCCUCUGGGCACACCCUCCACACAAGGCUGUCCUGCCUGCGGCACUGCUGCCUGUUAAUGUUAACUAAUGAACCUCAAGGGGUUUGGUUCCAGUAUUGCCCUGAAAAAUAUCACUGCUUGUCCAGGCAUUUUAUCCUCAGAAUGAAAGAAUUUGGCAAUGUUCCUCUAAAACUUGUAGUCUUGGAGAAGUAUGAUUGCAGAAGAAUUAUUUGGUUACUGUCUUUCGACAGAGACCUGUUGGAAUCCCCACCAACCUGUGAUUUAUGAAGUCUACUUUUCUAUGAGGUUAUCUUUUGAAUAUAAGAAACAGUGCUGUAUUUUUCAUAUAGAAAAAUAUCCUGAAAGGAAAUUUUUUACUGUGUUCUUUAAAUAAAUAGUAUCUCCCUUUUCUGUUUGUAGCUAAUGUAUGCAGGGGAAGCUCUUGUUUGCUGGGAAAAGCACAAUAUCAGGAUGCAUAUUUUGGGCUUGGGGUUUUGGGACCCAGCUGACAAAACUGCAGUGGACUUCAGGUACAGACAGAAUGCUGAUUUCUGGUGUGUUCUUGGGCUUGGUUGGUUUUGUAUAUAUGCAAUAGCCUUAGAAUAAAACAGCAGACACUUCUAUAGAAGGCCAACUUUUUUAUGUUCACUGAAAAUAAGUCUCAAGAACCUGCAUAUUUUUCUCAGCAGGUAAUAAUUGGAUGUAAAUGAGAAGGAUGUAGCAUUGGUUUCUCAGAAAUCCAUUAAUGCUCUGGUCAAAAGUUGCAGUGUAACAUACUGUGUGUGUUAAGCUCUGAUAUUUUACUUAUUUAAAAGCACAGGGUGAGCUGCUAGUCAGGUGAAAAAAGACGCUUAAUGAAAAUCAAAAACCUGAUUACAAUUCUAUAAGCACUUGGUCUUGUAAAGUGAGCUUAGAAAUACAUGCCAUUAAAUAUUCACAAAAAUUGUCAGUACUAACAAAAUUUCAGUUGUUUUGCCCUUUUUUUGUAUACAGAAUUGAAAUAAAUAUUUUUUUAACAUUUAAA